GCAGGAUGAACUGCGCUGUACCCUUUUUGCUUCGCUGCGUGACAGGACACGUGACAGUGCAGCAGCUAGGAGUGAAGGUGCAUGACUUGGGUAAGCUGUGAACACUACAUCUACCUUUGGUGACGUCACUUGAAGUAUCAUGGAAUCCACAAACAUGGGAAGGAGACACGUGGUCAAGUUCGCGCUAUGCAUGCUGGUCACCCUCUACCUCGUGUCAGCGGUUGUUACCGCGCCAAAUGUGAAUAAGGCGAUUAUCAAGAAGGCAUUCGCCAUGAGGGCGGCCUCCAAGAGACCUUUUCCAGCCAAAAAGACGGCAAUUAAAACACCGACAGCUAAGAAUUUAGUACCAGCGAUCAACUCGAAAGGAGCCAAACGCUUUGAUUAUGUAACCGGACAGAUGUACGUGACCAGUGGCGGAAAAACAGCAGCCAAGCCAUACAACUACCACAUUCCCUUACCACCCGUCACCAAGCAGACACAGGCGAGGUCCAUGUACUCCUCAUAUGCUGCUCCGCCACCGUACCAAUACUCUGCCUACCUGGCGAGUUACCCUUCGAGUUACCCAGCGAGUUACCCCGCGAGUUAUCCAGCGAGUUACCCGGCGAGUUAUCCAGCGAGUUACCCGGCGAGUUACCCGACUUCCUAUCCGUACCCUUCCCCCUACCCUGCGCCUUACCCGGCAACAUAUUCGGCAGCACCCGCCGCCUACCCAGCCGCGUAUGUGUCCAGCGCUACGACUUACGACACGUCAUCUUUUGGGGGAGCCUCGUGCGAGGUUCCGCCCUGCUCGCCGGACAUGAGCUCUCCGCUGACACUAGCGUCCACAGGCGCUGUGGAUAAUGCAGGCGAUGAAAACGCCCAGCCGAAUCGAAACGAGACAUUCGAGAUCAAAGGGAAAUCCUUCAAGAGCAUCGGCUGCUGGCAAGACCAAACGCAAAGAGCUCUAACCUUACUCGAAGGCAAGCACAAGCUUUUGAAGGAGUCGAACUACAAGGCCAGACCCAACGCCUUGAUGAAGUGUGCAGAGGCUGCCAAGGAUAAAAAAUUUAUAUUGUUCGCGCUCCAAAACGGAGGCCAAUGCUUUGGUGGGAAUAGCAAAGAGAAUUACAAGAAGUACGGCCCGUCAAGCACCUGCAAGGGUAACGGAGAGGGCGGUGUCUGGAGUAACGAGGUUUACAGUUUCAUGGAGAACAACAAGACGUUGGUUGAAAUGGACGCAUCGUACAACCAGUGGUCCCAGUGGUCAGCUUGUCCACAAAGCUGCUCAUCAUCACCAGUCCCCACGGCAAACCUCCCGGUCCAGUUCCGCAACAGGACGUGCAAUAGCCUGGGCUCGACCCCUCCCACCCAGCAACCGUCAUGCACCGCGCAAGGACCAAGUUACGAGACGAGGACGUGUACUAUUACACUAUGCAUACCUCAAGGAACAGCAGCCCCGCAAGGAAAGCCAACAGCACCAUCAACCCAACCCGCCGGCUUUGGAGGAAUCGCACCCGGGCAGGGGCAAGCUAACACAACGCCAGCAAGCAAUGUGGGAAUAGCUCCCGGCCAGGGACAAGCUAACACAACGCCAGCAAGCAAUGCGGGAAUAGCUCCCGGCCAGGGACAAGCUAGCACAACGCCAGCAAGCAAUGCGGGAAUAGCUCCCGGCCAGGGACAAGCAUCAACAACACCAGGGCCGACAACAUCUGGACCGGCGGGAUCUUCACCGCAGCCCACUGGUGCUCCGUCCGGUGGAACAACCCCCAAAGUCUGCAAGGCCAAGGUCGAUGUGGGUUUUCUUCUGGAUGGAUCUGGUAGCGUUGAGUUUUACGCUAAAGGAAACUUCCAGAGAUGCAAAAACUUCAUCAACAAGUUCGUCAAAUCUUUCAUGGUGUCCAAAGAUGACUCACACUUUGGUCUUGUUCUCUUCUCGAGUGACUCGAAUGUUGAAUUCAAGUUUGACGAUCAUUAUGAUGCAGCAUCGAUUACUGCAGCUGUCAAUGCUACCAAGUACCCCGGUAUGGGAACAUAUGCGGGCAAAGGCUUGACUCUGGCCAAGGACGACUUAUACAGUGCCCCUGUACGAAGUGGGGUUCCUCGUAUUCUGAUUGUCAUGACGGAUGGAAUAUCUAGUGACGACGUCGCGGGUCCUGCUAAAGCACUGCGUGAUAUGGGGGUAGAAAUAUUUGCUCUUGGCAUCGGAAAGAACUAUGACCAGGGCCAGUUAGACUCGAUGGGCAGUGACCCCAAACCCGACCACGUGGUGACGGCCGACUUCGACAAAUUGGACCCUGUCAUCCAGACCAUCAAAGACAAGGCUUGCAAUGCUCCACCGCCAACCCAAACUCCAACUGUUAAAGUCUGCAAGGCCAAGGUCGAUGUGGGGUUUCUUCUGGAUGGAUCUGGUAGCGUUGAGUUUUACGCUAAAGGAAACUUCCAGAGAUGCAAAAACUUCAUCAACAAGUUCGUCAAAUCUUUCAUGGUGUCCAAAGAUGACUCACACUUUGGUCUUGUUCUCUUCUCGAGUGACUCGAAUGUUGAAUUCAAGUUUGACGAUCAUUAUGAUGCAGCAUCGAUUACUGCAGCUGUCAAUGCUACCAAGUACCCCGGUAUGGGAACAUAUGCGGGCAAAGGCUUGACUCUGGCCAAGGACGACUUAUACAGUGCCCCUGUACGAAGUGGGGUUCCUCGUAUUCUGAUUGUCAUGACGGAUGGAAUAUCUAGUGACGACGUCGCGGGUCCUGCUAAAGCACUGCGUGAUAUGGGGGUAGAAAUAUUUGCUCUUGGCAUCGGGAAGAACUAUGACCAGGGCCAGUUAGACUCGAUGGGCAGUGACCCCAAACCCGACCACGUGGUGACGGCUGACUUCGACAAAUUGGACCCUGUCAUCCAGACCAUCAAAGACAAGGCUUGCAAUGCUCCACCGCCAACCCAAACUCCAACUGUUAAAGUCUGCAAGGCAAAGGUAGAUGUGGGGUUUCUUCUGGAUGGAUCUGGUAGCGUUGAGUUUUACGCUAAAGGAAACUUCCAGAGAUGCAAAAACUUCAUCAACAAGUUCGUCAAAUCUUUCAUGGUGUCCAAAGAUGACUCACACUUUGGUCUUGUUCUCUUCUCGAGUGACUCGAAUGUUGAAUUCAAGUUUGACGAUCAUUAUGAUGCAGCAUCGAUUACUGCAGCUGUCAAUGCUACCAAGUACCCCGGUAUGGGAACAUAUGCGGGCAAAGGCUUGACUCUUGCCAAGGACGACUUAUACAGUGCACCUGUACGAAGUGGGGUUCCUCGUAUUCUGAUUGUCAUGACGGAUGGAAUAUCUAGUGACGACGUCGCGGGUCCUGCUAAAGCACUGCGUGAUAUGGGGGUAGAAAUAUUUGCUCUUGGCAUCGGGAAGAACUAUGACCAGGGCCAGUUAGACUCGAUGGGCAGUGACCCCAAACCCGACCACGUGGUGACGGCCGACUUCGACAAAUUGGACCCUGUCAUCCAGACCAUCAAAGACAAGGCUUGCAAUGCUCCACCGCCAACCCAAACUCCAACUGUUAAAGUCUGCAAGGCAAAGGUAGAUGUGGGGUUUCUUCUGGAUGGAUCUGGUAGCGUUGAGUUUUACGCUAAAGGAAACUUCCAGAGAUGCAAAAACUUCAUCAACAAGUUCGUCAAAUCUUUCAUGGUGUCCAAAGAUGACUCACACUUUGGUCUUGUUCUCUUCUCGAGUGACUCGAAUGUUGAAUUCAAGUUUGACGAUCAUUAUGAUGCAGCAUCGAUUACUGCAGCUGUCAACGCUACCAAUUACCCUGGCCAGGGCACAUAUGCGGGCAAAGGCUUGACUCUGGCCAAGGACGACUUAUACAGUGCCCCUGUACGAAGUGGGGUUCCUCGUAUUCUGAUUGUCAUGACGGAUGGAAUAUCUAGUGACGACGUCGCGGGUCCUGCUAAAGCACUGCGUGAUAUGGGGGUAGAAAUAUUUGCUCUUGGCAUCGGGAAGAACUAUGACCAGGGCCAGUUAGACUCGAUGGGCAGUGACCCCAAACCCGACCACGUGGUGACGGCCGACUUCGACAAAUUGGACCCUGUCAUCCAGACUAUUAAAGACAAGGCUUGCAAAGGUGGAAAUGGGCAAUCUCCAGACCAGCCACAGAAUUCUAGAAGAAAAAACAACAAGAACAAAGUAUUUGUUGACACUGAUCUAGAUGUCUUACCUGAUUCUCCAUCAAAAAAUAAAGCAAGACCAUCUCUAACACACAGCGCAGGACAAAUGGACAUGGAGCGAAUAAACCCGCUACAAGGAAAAAAUCUCGAAGGAAAGGAACACGGUGGGCCACAACACACUGAGCAAAAGCCGGGAGAGAUAAUACGAGGGGCCGACGGAGAGCCGAUAGAGAACCGAGGACCCAACGACGUGCCUGACAUUGAGAGAGGGGCUGACGGAGAACCGAUUGAGAGAGGGGCCGACGGAGAACCGAUUGAAAGAGGAGCCGACGGAGAACCGAUUGAGAACCGACGAGCCUAUGAAAAGGCUAAGAAAGUAAAAGAAAAGCACCGGAAAGAGCAGCAUGGUCCCGAUGAGUAUAUACAAGGAACCGACAACGUCUCCGAGGAACAGCCGAACGGUAAACAUCGGCGAAGACCGCACGACCCCAGCAGCUUUAUGAGCCACGCUAUCGAUGACGUAGACCGUUUCAUCGGUCAGCGGACUCCCGCCGACGUCCAACACAUCACGGACGAGAUUAAUCACGUGACCCAGGGAAUUAUUGCGCAGCCGCAAACGGGGUUCAACCCUAAUGAAGAGGAAAUGACUGAAGGUAUCCUGAAUUGGUUGUGGUUCCAGAGGGGCAUAUAGUACACAGACACACGCCGAAAAAGAAAAAAAAAAGAAAACCACAUACUACCCAAGGGUCUAGCAAUAACACUAAUUCUCUACUACCUUCAACGAGCACGAAACUCGUAAAAUCAGGCGCGAUAGGCGAACUUGAAGGACAAGAAGAAAACAUCUGACAAAUAGGGAAAGUUCAUGAUCCAAGAAUAAAAAAAGCCAAAGCGCUGGACGCCAGUGAUGGCAAUAAAAGCACACAACUCAAGAAACUAGGCGCGAGAGGCGAACAACACAAGAGCAAAUCUGACAAGUAGAAAAAGUCUUUAUUCUAAAAGAAUUAUACCACCGGUCUGACCGACAGUGAUGGCGAUGCAAGCACAUAACUCAAGAAAAACAGGCGCAACGAUCGAAUAAAAGAUCAAAUCUGAUGAAUAUAAAAAUAUCAUCAUUCAAAAACAGUUAUACCACUUCGCUGGACCCUGAUGAUAGAGACAAGCACCCAACUUAAGAUAACAGGCGCGAGAGAGGCGAACAGAAGAACUGACAAAUAGAAAAACAUAUCGGUUAUUCCAAAAGAUCUAAAAAGCCGCGCUCGUAAUAGCGAUGCAAGGACACAAAGACACAACUUGAGAAAACAGGUGUGAAAAACUAACAGACGAGCAAAUAGAGAAACAUCAUAACUUUACUCGAAAAGAUCUAAAAGGCGAUACAACAAACAACUUGACAAAAAGAGGCGCGAAAAAACCGAACCAGAGUUAUAACAUUGACAAAUGUCAAGCGCUGGAGAAGAGUCACUGGACGGAUUUGCUUAGAGCGGGCUCUGUUUAAGGUUGAGAAGCAAUUAUCAUCAUUUGGAAUAAUAUUAUCAUCUUUGGUAUUAACCGACCUUUUGCCAAUGCGGCCUUCAUGUCUCCCUUAUAUAUUCUUAGCAUCCAACGAGCCAUUGUGCAGGGGUAAGGUGAACUUGGCUAGCCACACAUUUACUUUGAAACACGUCUCAAAUGCGAAACCUUUCCUAACUAGGCAUCUCCAUCUUCCCUCAUCUACCAAAUAGAGUAUAAUUUCAAUAAACUAACCAUUACUCUCUUUAUAGCUUUUGUUCUGGGGGAGGGGCUUAAUUUUUGGUCGCCUUUUGGGGGAGGGUCGCCAUUGUUGUGCUUUAGAUUAUGGGAGGGUCGAAAUUUUUGAACAAGAAAAUCAACUUAGCAACCCUUCCUACCCCGAUAAAUAAUGACCUUUCCCUUAGCAUCCCUCGGCUCCCAGUUUUGUCACUUCCUGUUGCAUUUGACUAGUACCUGGUCUUACCUUCUGAGUCUCCUGAUGAUAAACCUUGUACUAGAAUAUACGUAAGGUUGCUUUACAUUUCAAAGAGCUCUACGAAAUAUCCCACCCCCUUUUGUUCUUUCUAAUGAUUUUUUGUCAUCCUUAUUCUUGUCGCUCUAUACCAUUAUGUAUGUCUCUCCUUUUUUUCUCCCCUUUCAUCUUCUCCCUACUAACCCCCCCCCCCCCCCCCCCCCACACACACACACACACACACACACAUUUUUUUUUUCUUAUUCACCUACCCCAGCCUAAUUCACCCACCCCCAGGAUGGUAAGAAUAUUCGCUUUUAACUAACAGCUAUUAGAUCUUUUUGUAUAUAUAACUGCACAGGAGGCAUUUAUAAGUCAUUUAUCAACCAUUUCGAGUAUGGAUUUUAUGAAAUUUUCAUUUUAUUGUAACCGAUACCCGGGCUGGAUGUCGCACGACGACUAAAAAUGAUUUUCGUUGUGCACUUAAGAUUAUUACGGUUCAAAGAUGAAUUCGGUUAGCCUUUGAUACCACAUUUGUUUUCUCAAACAAUUUCUUGGUGAACUUAGAGAAAAAAGUGGGAAAAGGGAAAAACAAAUAAAUCAAAACAAGAAAUAGUAUUAGUAUCUACACCAAACCUAAGAAGACUAUCUUGUUUUUCUACAGCUCGUGAAUAGCCUUUCUUGUUAAACUAUUAUGAGAAUAGAAUGAUAAGUAUCAAGAUCGAUACUUUAUACCUGAACAUAAACCUUAUAUGAGCAUCAAUAAUAUUAUCAAUCAUACUGUAUGUGGUAUAUCUUUAUAAGUAUUUAUGUGAACGGGUGGUAUUUUGGGUUAUUUUAGAUUUUGCAAAGAUUUUAAGUAAGCGAUUUUUGGAUUGCAAUUAUAAUUGUUUUACGUAUUUUACGGAAUUUACUUUCAACACGUUUCGAAUUCCUUUAGAUUACUAUCAAUUGCUUGAUAGUGUUAAUUGAAUCAAGUAAGCGUCCUUUUACCAUUUCCCAGGAAGAUUAGUUUCUAAAUUUGACAGGACAAUGGACGCUGAGUAAUUUGAACGGUAGUAAAUGUUAGCGUCCCUAGAAAAAUGCGCGUCCCCAAGCGAGUAUAAAAAGCGGCUGUUUUUACAGUAUCUGUUAGUUUUUUUUUAGUACCGUUGAGCAAAGGAGACGCAUUGCUUGCGAGGCGUGAUGCGGGAACGAGAAAUGCAGAUGCUCAGGGAAGACAGCAGAAAUAAGCUACUUGCUUAGAGCGCUGUCCGUACGGGCCUGUCAUGCCAGUUGUGUUCAGUUUGAUUUACCAGUUGGAAGUACUUUGUUUACAAAACUAGCCUUUGGAUUAGGUUACCUUUUCUCGGGAUUUGACUAUGUUUGUUAUCACUUAAAAUUUAUUAUUUAAUUUGUUAAUAAAUCCUUAUAAGUCCA